UGGCCAUGCUCCGCGGCGCAGUGAUGAAGCUGCUCUCAACAAGCCAACCGAGCUUGGCAACUUUGUCCUUUAUCCCCUAGAGAUCCUCUCGCCUAGAACAAGUAUCAGACUGAGGGCAUUCAUGCCACAACAGCGCCAAAAAAUUGAACUGCGUCAUCGAUUACAUUCCGAUGCCGCUACUCAUUCUUCCGAACGAGCUGCUUCUUAUCAUCGGUGAAGGACUAGAAACACACCGCGACCUCAACGCGUUGAGCAGAACUGACGCCCGCCUGUACCAUCUCUUCAAUGGGGAACAGUACUCAAAAACUCCCGUCGAAGAUCGCAAUCUUGCACUCUUCUGGGCAUCUUAUCACGGGCAUGCCCGUACUGUACAGCUCUUACUCGACUACGGCGUUGAUGUUGACAGCGUUUGUUUUUCGCCAAAAUACCCAAGAGCAACCGCCCUCCAGGUAGCAGUGGGCUGCGGCAAUGAGGAAGUAGCGUGUCUCCUCAUAGAGCGGAGAGUAGAUAUAUCGCAGCUCUAUGGGCAGUCGUUUCGCGAAGUCUCUAUUCUGCAUGUUGCCUGUUUUAACGCUUUGCCCCAGGCCGUACAAAUGCUGCUUGAACGAGGUGCAAAGCCCAACCAGCGAGAUAGACUCGGUCGAACUCCACUCCAUUUUGCGGUACUCCCGAACCAGGGAAGCCCGAGAACAGCCAGUACAAUGGAGGUUGUAAGACUGUUGCUCGAAAGGGGAGCGAAGCAGACCAGCAAAGACCACCAUGGUCAAACUCCUGUGGCUAUCCUGAAUCACAAUGACUUAGCAGGCACAGGAACAAAGGACUGGUCUUAUGACUUCCAUUUUCGCUUUUUCGAGCGCUGCUUUGCCCGGGAUACUGAGGAUCGCUUAAUCUGGCAGAGGCGACGAAAGGUUGAUCUAGCAACACAUAAUGUUGAGAAGCGAAUCAAUUGCCUUUUCAAACGUUACGCCGCUGAGGAAGCUCUAGAGAAGACGGAACGUAAUCGGCAGAUCAAGAAGAGGCGCGAUGAGCAGCAAAGAUGGGAUGCCGACAUCACUCUUCAAGAAGCUCGUCAGAGACGAGUGCGGCUUCUAGAAGAGGCAUCUGUCGCCCAAAAAGUCCAACGUGAACCCCGGCAACGGGUGCAAUUGGAAAUCGAGCGACAGAAGCACGAGGCAUCACGCAUACAAAAAGAGAAAGAUCUUGCCAGGGAAGCGACGGAACGGAGACUAGCUGUGCAGACUGCGAUAGCCGCAAAUUGGGGACAUCUGCGGCAAAGCGCACAAACUCGGAACGUGUCUGUGGUACUCGACAAUAGAUGCGGGCAUCCUCUCGGUAGGUUACGAAGGAAGCAGCGUGGCGAGUGUCACGUCUACCACCAGGUGAAACCUACAUUUUGUCAAUUUAGACUUUGGUGGAGAGGUCCGUAGCUCGUCCAAUAUCGACCUCAAACGCCAACGAAGUCUGCUAUAACAAGAGCACGUCCAACGAGAUGUCGGUCGAGCGGCGAGGAAACACAUUGUUGGGUUAUGAAAGAGCCAUGCGCGAGACCAGACCAAACAGCGUUAUUGUUUCCAUUUGUUAACAGAGACUGUUGAAUGAACAUCCAAUUUC